GCCCCCCGCUCCGCUCUCCCCGCCGCCAUGUUGGCCGCCAGGGGAAGCGGCGCCCCGGACCCCGCUAAAAUGGAGGCGCGGAGCCUUCGGGGGGUGUAGGGGCUCCUUCCCCUCCCCGACCCCCUUCCCGGAGCCCAUGGAGCGGCUGUAGGGUCGGUGCUUGAGCAGCUCCUCACUGCCAGGAUGAGCUUCCCAAAUUCCACCCAGCAUCCAGGAGCCGGGAAUUCCUGCAGGAUCACUCUUGGACAAGCCAAUCAGGUGAUUCCCAAAGUUCCCCUGCUGAGGAUCCUGCAGGCUGCGGGCGCCCAGGGCGACACCUUCACGCUCAAAGAGGUGAUGCAUUUCCUGGGCCAGUACAUCAUGGGCCGGCAGCUCUACGACAAGAGGCAGCAGCACCUGGUGCACUGCGGGGGAGAUGAGCUGGGAGAGCUGCUGGGGCUGCAGAGCUUCUCUGUCAAGGAUCCCAGCCCCGUGUACGAGAUGCUGAAGAGGAACCUGAGCCCUGCUGCCCUCCCAGGCCCUGUGUGCUGUGAGAGUGGGGAUUUCCCGGGAAGGAUUUUCCUUGUGUUUUACCUGCCAUCUGCAGAUGCUGCACAGACUCUCCCAAAGGAGCAGAGCGUCGCUAAGCCCAGCCCAGACCAGCUGCAGCUCAGCCAGGAGGAGGGAUCUGACUCGGGGAUCCUGGAGGGUGGCAGCAAAACCUCUGCUCCGGCGACCUCAGAGCCCGGCCGUGACACUUGCGAAGACAAAGACUUGAUAGAAAACCUCUCCAAAAGCAAAAAGCCCAAGCUGGAUCUGGUUUUUGAGGAAUGGGAUGUGGCCGGGCUGCCCUGGUGGUUUUUAGGGAACCUCAGAAGCAAUUACAAAUCCAGGAGUAACGGAUCCACGGAUAUUCAGACUAACCAGGACGUUGACACUGCCAUAGUUUCUGACACCACCGAUGACCUGUGGUUCCUGCACGAGGGCUCCCUGGAGCAGGGCAGUGCUGGGCACAGGACGGAGGUGCUGGACUCGGAGGAGCUCACGGCAGGUGACACCAAGGUGCCUGAGGAUGUGUGCUUGGAGGAGCUGGAGGAUUCCCAGCGUCUGAGCGACGACACGGACACAGAGGCUGCUUCUGAGGAUUGCUGGCAAUGCUCCAAGUGCAGGAAGUUCAAUUCCCCGGGGAAGAGGUACUGCUACCGCUGCUGGGCCCUGCGCAAGGACUGGUACCGGGACUGCCCCAGGCUGCCCCAUUCCCUGUCCCUCUCCGACAUCGCUUCCGUGGAAAAGCGGGAGCAGGACGAGGGGAUGGACGUCCCGGACUGCCGGAGGACGAUCUCAGCCCCGGCCGGCCAACCCAAACACCUUUUCCUGGCGGAAUCCCGCCUGGAUCCCGGCGGCUCCGUCCAGUCCCUGGACCUGGCGCGGGGCGGGAAGAAGCGGGAUUGCGCCGAGCUGAGGAAGGAGGAGGAGGAGGAGGAGGUGGAGUCUUUGGAGAGCAUCAGAACCGUGCUGAGCCCCUGCUUCCUGUGCCAGCAGAGGCCUCGGGACGGGAACAUCGUGCACGGGAGGACUGCUCACCUGGUGGCCUGCUUCAGGUGUGCCAGGAUGCUGAAGAGGAAGAGAGCGCCGUGCCCCGUGUGCAGGAAGGAGAUCAAGAUGGUCAUCAGGAUCUUCAUGUGCUAGGGAGGCCCUCUGCUCCUAAAGCGACCCCAAAAAGAGGAGUUUUGCACUCAAAUCCCAAUUCCAGCGUGUGCAGGAAGGAGAUCAGGGUGAUCAUCAGGAUCUUCAUGUGCUAGGGAGGCCUUCUGCUCCUAAAGUGACCCCAAAAAGAGGAGUUUUGCACUCAAACCCCCACUACGGUAUGUGCAGGAAGGAGAGUCAUCAGGAUCCUCCUAAAGCAACCCCAAAAAGAGGAUUUUUGCACUCAAAUCCCAAUUCCAGCGUGUGCAGGAAGGAGAUCAGGGUGAUCAUCAGGAUCUUCAUGUGCUAGGGAGGCCUUCUGCUCCUAAAGCAACCCCCAAAAGAGGAUUUUUGCACUCAAAUCCCAAUUUCAGCGUGUGCAGGAAGGAGAUCAGGGUGAUCAUCGGGAUCCUCACAGCGUAGCACGACCUAUUACUAAGAUAACCCCUAAAAAUAGGGUUUUUUGCACAAAAACCCCAGUUCCAGGGCUUGGUCUGCAGGACCGAGAUGAUCAUCAGGAUCUUUAUGGGGCAGCAGGGCUCUUUGUUCCUAGAGUAAUCCCCAAAAAUGAGGAUUUUUUUGCACUCAAACCCAAAUUCCAGAGCUGAGCCAGUGAAACCAAAGAAAACCAAGAUUUAAAUCCCACCAGGAAUCCUCUGCACCAUCCACUUUUCCAUGGGAAUCGCCUCGAGAUCAAAAUCUCAGCUUGGAAGUUUUCCCGAUUUCCCGACUUCAGCCCGGUUUUAUUCCUUGGGCUUCUUCGUCCUGACCAAGAACAGAAGAUUUGGGUAGAGUUGUGACUUUCGGAAUUUAUUUUAUUUUUUUUCCACAUAAAUCUUGACUUGUGCAAUUCCUUUGGAGCUGAGGGAUAAAAGUACGAAUAAAUAUUUAUGGUGGGAGGGCGGGGGAUUUGUUUUGGAGAGAAGAAAAAGAACUUUAUUCCUGGGGUUUUUUAUUGUUUAAAGUCGGCAGGGUGAAGAAUUCCUUUCUCCCAGAUGGGAAAUAAAUCCAUGUUUUUAAUCCACGCCUCUCAGGUCACGAAUCAGACGGAAAAAUAAUAAUAAUGUUAUAUUUUGCUUUCUUUUCGGGCUC